CUCGGCAGCCCGCCGUGCUCCUUCCGCCCCGGGCUGCAGACAUCAGCGCUCCACGCAGGGAUCCUCUCCACAUUACGCAGAUACAAAGCCUGGAUGUAGAGCGGACCAGUGGCCUGCAGAUAAAGAUAAAUAACGACGUGUUAACAACAUGGUCCAUCGCUCUGCUGUGUGUGUCAGUGCAGGUUGUGCUGCAGGAGGAGAUUGAAUGCCUCUAAAAUCUCAAGGCAGCGUGCCCUGUGCAGGGUGGUGAUGAGCAGUCAGGGCAGCAGCAGGGGAUGUGGCCAGCAUGCUGACACUCCUCCCACAUGUCACAUCCCAGGACCCAAGCUGCAGGUGCAGCGCUCCCUCUCUCGUGACACCAUCACCAUACACUUCUCUGCUCUGGGGAAGGAAGAGGAUGAUGAGGAAGAGGAGCUCUAUGGGGUACCUGCUGGAGCAAAAUCUGGGCCUCAUGGUGCAGAGGGACUUCAUGGUUUUGAAGCUGAUGACCAGUCUGUUGCCACGGGCUUGGAAGCGAAAGAGGACCUGCUAUUUGAAUCCACAGGAGUGGAGACUGCCUCUGGAGCAGCUGUGUUCCCUGUUUCAUCCACCACCCUGUCUGUGCAGCCCUCAGACUGUCACUCACACACACCCUCUCCAGCCAUGACCUUUAUCCCCACCUCCACCCACUCCCACCUCAGCUCCACCCCACCUGCCAGCUCCCUGUGGUCCUCUGACAGGCCCUCGGCCAAUCCCCCUUCCACAAGUUCCAGCUCCUCCUCCCCUUGCAAGUCUGCAGCACUGUCAUCCUCCAAGCCAUUCCUUAGCCUCGUCAGGUCUUUAUCCAGUGACGUUGAGUCUCGAGAAACCACACUUGCCACUGUCACACCAUCACACACACGCCACAGACACUUAAUGAAAUCUUUUGUUAAAUCUUUGUCCACGGACACCUCAAAGGCUGAACAUCAGGAAGGACCAUUCCAUCACUAUCUUCAUCAGCCGCAGCAGCAAAUACAGCCAUCCCAUCGGUCUGCACCUCGCAACAUGCAGCUCUUCAAGCAGUUUUCCCAGCCUCGCUUGUCCUCCAGCCCAGUCGUUGUCACUCAAGCAGGUGGAGACUCCAAAACAGCCCCUUCUUCCCCUGUCAUGUCACCAGAUGGUAGGUCAUUCUUUAAUGUCCAAGAGGUGGAGGCCAAGAUAGAAGAUACCAAGCGGCGGCUGUCAGAGGUGAUGUCAGACCCCCUACAGCUUUUUAGUAAGAUCAUGGGGGAUGAGUCUGGUGUUGGAGCUAUUGGGAGUGCCACUCAUCGCUCCAAAUCUCUGUCCUCCAGUGCGUCAGAGCUCAGUGGAGUGACAGCAGUAAACGGACACACAGAAGGUAACAACAACUACAGCAUCAAGGAGGAGGAGGGGGCAGAAGGGGAAGAAGAUGAAGAAACCCCCACAGGCAAAGGCCCUGACUCAGUUUUUAUCUCCCUCCCAUCACUGGCACCAGCUCCUGCCUUUACCCAGGCCUCCUCAUCCACUCUCCACAAGUCUCCUUCACUCACUCUGGGCCGCUGCUCUAUGUCAGCGCUGGUAGCUCGACAAGAAGAUGAGGACUUCUGUGAAUUGUACAGUGAAGACUUUGAGCUAUGUACUGAUACAGAGACGCCAGAUGGGGAUCGUUUUGGAUCCCGACGGCCCCAUACUGGUAGUACUGGUUUAUGUAGUGAACUUGAUAUGGAGGAAGAAGAAAAGCCAGAGGAGGAGGUGGAGGCUGUGCCUGUGACUGGCCUCAUCUUCUUAACACAGAUGGUGUACUGGUACUCAGUCCUUCCAGUGCCACCCUCUGUGUGUGCUGUGGUGCAUGGGAUAGUAGCUGGCUUCUUCUUGGCCUUGCUGGUCCUUUGGCUGUCAUCUCCUCAGCACUCUGCAUCAGGGACGAGAGGAGGGAGGCGAAGAAUAGAGCACUGGAACGUGGCCCAGCUGGAUAUCAAAGAACCAGGAAUAUUCAAGGGCUGGAUGAAUGAGAUCCACAGCUACGAUCCAGAGAUGUACCACGCCACCCUGACCCACUCUGUUUACGUCCGUCUAGAGGGCUCCGUCUUACGUCUGUCCAAGCCCAACCGGAAUAUCUCCCGCCGUGCCACACACAACGAGCCUAAACCUGAUGUCACCUACAUCAGCCAGAAGAUCUAUGACCUGACUGACAGCAAGAUUUACCUGAUGCCCAAGAGCUUGGCUAGAAAGAGAGUUUGGAACAAGAAGUACCCCAUUUGCAUUGAGCUGGCCAAGCAGGAGGACUUCAUGUCCAAGGCCCAGGGAGAGAGGCCCGAAGCUGGGGAGGACAAAUUAACAGGACUGGGCGAAAAGCUAGAGCGAAUGGACAAAGGUGAGAAAGCUGAAGUAUCAGGAUCGGCUGAGGAGCCCAAAAGACCAGCUUCUGGAGGAGGGGAUCUGACAAUCUACCUGUUUGGGAGGACGGGUCGGGAGAAGGAAGAGUGGUUCCAGAGAUUUCUUGUUGCGUCCCGAAUGAAGUCAGAGGGGAGAGGCAGCAAUCUGCAUGGCAUCUGCAAGAGCGCCUUCUUGCCCACCCACACCCGCAGCGGCAGCACCCAGUCUAGUGGAGGCCUGGAGGCUGACAGCAGGAGCAGUAGUAGAGGAAGCCUGGAGGAGCUCCCUCAGUCACGCCACAGAGAGACCCCCUCUGCUUUCUCCUUUGGCUCUACUGGAGGAAUGAAGCAGAAGAUGCUGCUGGACUAUAGUGUCUAUAUGGCCAAAUAUGUCAACCCCCAAGCACCACUGAGAAGCCCAGCUGCUACGGACAGCCCUGGGAACAGCCCCGAGAGCAGCCCCAAGACCACCAAAAAGUUACACAGGAGUUCAGAAGAGACGGUGGAACCUGAGGCUUGGGUCAAUGCUUUUCUGGGAAGGAUAUUCUGGGAUUUCCUGGGAGAGAAGUACUGGGCCAACGUUGUCUCUAAAAAGAUCCAAAUGAAGCUCAGCAAAAUCAGACUGCCAUAUGUUAUGAAUGAGCUGACUCUGACAGAGCUAGACAUGGGCUUUUCCAUACCUAAGGUCCUCCAUGCCUCCAGACCCUCUGUGGACCACCAAGGCCUGUGGUUUGACCUGGAGGUCUCCUACACCGGCUCCUUCCUCAUGACACUAGAGACCAAGAUGAACCUAGCCCGUCUGGGGAAGGAAGGCGAGGGCCUCGGGGAGCAUGGGAAAGAAUGUGAUUGGCCCAGGCCACGGACAUACUGUCUCGCAGACAGCGACGAGGAGUCGUCUAGUGCUGGCUCGUCAGAUGAGGAGGAUCCUCCAGAACUCCUCAGUGACAAACAUGUUCUGCCUGGAGGCGAGGGCUAUGUGGGAGGCCACAGGCCCAGCAAGAUCAUGCGCUUCGUGGACAAGAUAGCCAAGUCAAAGUAUUUCCAGAAAGCAACAGAGACAGAGUUCAUUAAGAAAAAGAUGGAGGAGGUGUCCAACACACCUCUGCUGCUCACCGUGGAGGUGCAAGAGUGCCGUGGGACACUCGCUGUCAACAUCCCACCUCCCCCCACGGACAGGAUAUGGUAUGGUUUCCGGAAUCCACCUCACCUGGAGCUAAAAGCACGGCCUAAACUGGGGGAGAGAGAGGUCACUCUAGUUCAUGUGACUGACUGGAUCGAGAAGAAACUGAAUCAAGAGUUCCAGAAAAUAUUUGUGAUGCCAAACAUGGAUGACGUAUGGCUACCCAUAAUGCACUCUGCAAUGGACACACGCUCAAGUGCCAGCUUGGUUACUGUGAAAAAUGAUGGCUUGAAGGACCCAGAACCCGAGGACUCUGAGGUCUCUGACAAGUGAAGACGGCAGGUCAAACACCGAUGGACUUUCAAUCACCUUGGCAAUAUGACAAGUAGCCCCCUCCCUCAGAAACAGUGGGUGCAGAAAUGGGCCAACUCUCCAAUAGUUUUACCCAUAUCCCAGUCCCAUUGUUGCUGUAGUCUGUGGCCAAUCAUGAAGUGCACUCACAUAACCAGAUGUGCUGAUGAGCUUGUAAUCAUUUGUGGUCGCUAAAAGCAGGAGAAUGAAAGAUAACUGUGACUCACAGAUUGUCAUCCGGUCACACAGUUCUGUGUGACAUCAAAUAUUAUGAUUCGUACUCUGAUGAAACAUGAUUCAGUGGGCAGGUGGAACAUGUUUAACAAAUGUGUGUGGUGGUGGACUGACAAAUAGCCAUCUGAUUCAACCAGAAGAACCAUAAUACCUGUGAUGUACAGCUGCACCAAACAUGAUAAUUGUAAAUUUUUUGUUUGACCUUUCUAGUUGUGUUUAUUGUUGCUAUAACUCUUAAGGCUAAUGUGAAAAGUGUGUAUGUCUGAGUGAGGAAAUGAUCUAAAAUUUGGAGAUGAUUUUGUUGAAAUCCCCUGCAUCUAUUAAUAAUAAUAUGGAGGUAACAGUGGUUCGGUGGGUAGAACAGUCAUCUUCCAACCAGAAGGUUGAAAGCUUGAAUCUCGGUGCCGGUAGUCCAUGUGUCAAAGUGUCCUUGGGCAAGACACUG